AUGGCAGCGCCAUAUAUGUCACCAUUCCCAAAUAUACCUCUACCUACCGGAUCGUCCUCUAGUACAGCAUCCCUACCAUCAACAGUUCUUCAGUAUCCCACUGCAUUGUAUCCAUUUCAAAAUACAGCAUCUAACGAACUAAAGCAACUGACACUUGCACAAUAUCACAAUUUUACAACUCCCCCUGGCUUUCCAACGGAUUUGUCUAAAGUGAAAUCACCGUUUAUUAAUAGAAAUUAUUUAGAGUUGGCCAUGUUGGUAUGCAAUACAUUUCGGGGAAAGUUGUUUCCGUGUCCACAUUGCCGAUACGUCACAGACCGAAGAAACAAUUUGAAGAGACAUAUAUCAACUAUGCAUCAGGCUUGUGAAAAAGUUUUAGAAUGUUGUGGCGUCAACUUUACGACAAAAGCUUCAUUAAGAGAACAUAUAAUGAUUUUCCAUCACAACGGAUAUUCAUGCGCGUUUUGCGGACGACGUUUUUGCCGAAAGGCGUUGUUGAAAAGGCAUUUAUCUGUUCACAGUGGUCAAAAAGACUACUCUUGCCCACACUGUGACUAUGCCACAAGUCACAAAAGUAAUCUGGAAAGACACAAGCGCAUUCAUGAACGUCUCCGAGGCGAUGACGAGGAUGGUGAAAAUAGUCAAUCUUAUAUUGACGUUGAGCACAUUAAUGACAAUGUAUCGGAAUCGGAAGACACUGAUAACAUCCGAAAGACCCCUGAACCACUUUCUCUCACAAAAGAUGAUAUUAUUGAUGAACAGCCGGCUCGAGGACCACGAAAUGAUUUUCAUCACAGUGUAACAGCUGAUAUUCGGGAAGAUCGUAUUGAUGUAAACAUUUAA